AUGUCUCACACAUUCGAUGAAGACCUGCUUGCAACCGCGUUCAAUCACAACAGCGCCCUGAACGCAGUAAUUGCCGAUUUGAAACAGAGAAUUGCUACAUUGGAGGCGAGAAAUGCGCAUCUGGUCACUGAGAGCAAAACUGUCAAGGCCGACAGGGACCUCCACCAAGGACAAUUGUCUCUGAAAUGGCGGUUGGAGAACCUCAAAAUCAAAGACAAGGAAAGAGACGAGCAGAAGAGGUUACACAAAACGUUGAACAGUGGCAGAAAUUCCACUGGUUUGGAAGCACCUGAGAACACUGAGGAUGUGUGGGUGGAAGCAGGCCGCGCGAGACCAUCGACCUCUCGGGCAGUCUUGGGAGUGCAGCCGGGGCCAUCUGGUACUCGUCCAGGAAGACAGUUUCGCGGGACAAAGAAAUCCCAAGGAGCGGACUGA